AUGAUCUCUUGCGGUCGUAGCCCUGUGCUGAUGGACGUGCACGUGUAUCGUGUUGAGGAAUGGGAACGAGAACUAGAAGAAACGGAGGAGAUGUUGCCAAAGUGGCACUCGACACUACCGUCGGCCCAAACGGAAUCGGUUUGCCUACCUAGUAUUCCGUUUGACAACAUGUGGCCGGACGAUGAGCUCCGGCUCCCCCUGUUUGCGAAGAAGAGCUUCGUCGGCGGAGUGGAUUUCAACAAACCCCUAGAUGACGAGAAGAAUAGCAAGAUGGAAGACGGUCCGGUGCGCAAGUGGUGGUUCGCUGAGGGUUCUCUGGAUUCCAUGAAGGCAUAA